AUGUGGAAAGCAGCAGUGUUUGUGUUCCUGCUACUAAACCUGGAUAUACAGGUGAAUGGUGCUGUAGAUAAGACGAGGGGGUCUGUGGUAGAAAACUCCAGGACGGAGAAGAAGGUGAAGACAGAAGAGGCUGAAGCACACAACAACAUUCCUGCAAGUGACACUGCUUCUUCAGGUUUUUUGGGCAACUUGCUGGUGGUACCCAUGGAUGGGAGUCACUGGGUGGGUUUAAAGGCCAUUGCCCAAGAAAUGGGUCGUCGUGGACACCGGGUUACAGUGGUGAUUCCAGAGAUCAGCAUGCGGAUGGGCCCAGGGAAACACUACGACACUGUGACCUAUCCUGUUCCUUAUGACAAGGCUCAUAUGGAUUCUCUCAUGGCCUCACAAAAGGACCUGAUGGAAAAAUCUGCACAUUCUUUCACAGAGAAGAUACGGAAAGGAUUCUCAAAAUUCCAGAAAAUAACAGGCUUUAUCCACACCACAGCAGAGAGCCUACUGUUCAAUGUCAGUCUGAUCUCACAUCUGGCACAGCAGAACUUUGAUGCAGUCCUAACGGACCCCAUGGUGCCCACAGGCUCAUUAAUAGCUCGGAAAUUAGGUAUCCCUACUAUAAAUUUGCUGAGGGGGAUUCCAUGUUCCUUGGAUAUGAAGUCUGCAGGCUGCCCCUCCCCGCCCUCAUAUGUGCCCCGCUUGUUGACCAGAUACACAGAUAAAAUGAGCUUUCAGGAGAGAGCUUUCAACACUUUGGUGGCUUUAUUGGAGCCAUUGCUAUGCCGACUGAUUUUUUGGCACUUUGACCAAAUAGCCUAUCAGUUUCUGGGAGAGGAGGUGGGCAUAGCUGAAGUGCUGUCAGAGUCUGCUAUCUGGCUGCUGAGGAUGGACUUCACACUGGAGUUCCCACGUCCUAUCACACCUAAUGUAGUACUAGUUGGUGGAAUCAACUGCAACGUGAGACAUCCUCUUCCUAAGGAUCUGGAGUCCUGGGUGUCAGGAGAACAUGGGUUUGUAGUGUUCACCCUGGGCACCAUGCUGUCAGAUCUACCAGAAGAGACAACCUCCGUCUUCUUAGAAGCUUUCAGACAGAUUCCACAGAAGGUUAUAUGGAGGUACACUGGGCAGGUUCCCGACAGUUUCCCAGAAAAUGUGAAGUUGAUGAAAUGGGUGCCUCAGAAUGACCUACUAGCACAUCCUGGAGCUCGGGCUUUCAUCACUCAUGCUGGCUCUCAUGGUCUCUUUGAGGGACUGUGUCAUGGUGUUCCCAUGGUGAUGAUACCAAUUACGGGGGACCAGCCUGACAACGCAGUGAAGUUGGCGAGCAGAGGAGCUGGAGUCGUGUUGGAUAUCUAUUCGAUCACUACAGAGAGCCUUCUUCAGGGACUGAAUGAGGUCAUCAAUGACACCAGGUAUAAAGAGAACAUGCAGAAGCUGUCGGCUCUCCAUAAAGACCGGCCAGUUGACCCACUGGACCUUUCAGUGUACUGGACAGAAUUUGUGAUGCGGCACAAAGGGGCAAAACAUCUCAGACCAGCUGUCCAUGACCUCAACUGGCUCCAGUACUACUGCCUGGAUGUAAUAGCAGUACUGGCUACUCUAGUGCUGUUUUUUGUAAUACUGACUGUGAAGUGCUUGAAACUUUGCUUCUGGAAACUGAGAAGGAAGAGGAAGCAGGACUAA